GUAUUUGGCAAUCCAGUUUAAAUUUUGAAGCAUUGCAAGAAAAAGUUAUUAUUCCAAAUCUACAAAAUCCCUAAUCCCCAAAACAUGUUCCCGCCCAACCCAAAACACCCCCGCAAAAUCAAAAAUGAAAAUUUCAAUUUCAUCACCACCUCCAUUAUCAAUAAUCCACUAUUUCUUCCUCUUCUAUGGUGACUUUAACCAGAACCAAAAACCCUACAAAUUCACUCUUUCUCUCUCCUUAUAAACAAAACCCUUUAUCAUCACACCUCCAUUAUUCUUUUUCUUCUUCGAAUGGGAAUGGUGGGACCCAAUAGCUUCGCCAAAACAAUAUGUUCAAUUUGCUACGAAGAUCUAAAACCCAUUGUUGAAGACCUUCAAGCUAUCUCCAUUUGUGGCCAUGUCUUCCACGAACUUUGUUUGCAGCAAUGGUUUGAAUACUGUACCAACACAAAAAAGCAGACUUGUCCUGUAUGCAAGCAAUGUUGUACACACAAAGAUGUGGGUCGUCUUUAUUUUCAAUCAGUUGGAGAUCCGAUUCUUUCUCAAACACAGGAAUCUGGCAAAAAUGGGGAUGCUGAAUGCCCGGAAUCUGGCAAAAAUGGGGAUGCUGAAUGCCUUGAAUUAUUGCGAAUGGAGGUUAAAAGAUUGGAAACUAAGGUUUCUGGCCUUGGUUCUGCUUUAGAAUUGCAUCAGAAUGACCUUAAACAACUUAAUAAUGAGCUGGAAGUUUGUAAAGAACAGUUAUCCAAAGAACUGAAAUUGAAGAAUGAAGCUUUGAGGCAAAAGGAAUGUAUCCAAGCAAUGCUUCAAACAAAGUCGAGUGAUCUCGUCAAAUCGAAUUUGGAAUGCUCAAAGUUGCAAGAGAGGAAUUUGGCGUUAGUCAAAGAGAUGGCUGCCCUGAAAUUGGUAUCUGAUUGUAAUCUAGAAGAAGAGGAGAUAUCGAAGCUUGCUACCGUGGGUCAUGCAAGCAAUGCUCAAGAUGCAAUUGACGUACUCAAAAAGUCAUUGGUUAUUCGUAAUAAGAGCUACAAAGAAUUGAUGGCUAAGUGCAAUUCUCUGGGAAGGGGAGAAGCUCGUUCCACAAGAAAGCUUGAGAAGGCAAAAGAAAAGAUAUUGAAGCUCAAGAAUAGAGUUCAGGAAUUGGAGACAGGUAUUGAAGCAAAGGAGAAUGAAGUAUUAAGGUCCUUAAAAGCCUCCAAAAAAAUAAACUGUAAUGAUGUGACUUUGCCAAGUGCUAACAAAAGCAAAAACCCAUCAUCUGUUUUCAUGCGUUCACCUAUUGAGCAAAAAAGCCAGUCCCCAACAUCAGUGAUUGAUUUGGAUGAAGAAGAAACUGAUAAUCCUUUUAUGGUUAAGGAAACAAGUAAAAGUGACGCCACUGCUAAAUGCAAGGGUGAUGGAAGAACACUUCAACAUAAGGAAGUUAAACAUUAUGACUAUUUAAUUCAUGAUGAGGAUGAACCACAGAAGUUGAAGACUGUGGAUACCUAUUCAAAAGCAUGUAACAGCAAGGAUGGAUCUUAUGAGAAGGGCAAAUCAGUGGAGCCUGUUGAUUUGGAAUACAAGGAAGAUCCAAUGCAGCCAGCAAAUCAGCAAUGUGGAUUGUCGGGUUUUGCUGGGAGCAAAAUGCUCAACGAUCAUUCUGUUGCCAAAGGAGCUUCAGGGUUGCUUCUUCAGGAUAUAAGACAAGUUCAACCUUCAUUUAAGACCAACGUCGAUUUCUCUUCUCCAAUUCCCCUUGCUGAGCCAGGAAAUCAAUGUUUUACUGGAGGGUUGCUUGGACCGGAUGGAGCUAAUAGGUAUCUUGGAAAAUGGUGCAAACGGCCACAAAACAAGCCACCUCUGGGAUCAAGCAGUGAUACUGAGAGUUUGAUAGCUAUGGGAGCAGAUGGAAGGGGUGGCAGGGUCAAAGUUCUGAAAUCUCUAAAUCAGACUACUACAGACUCAAAGGAUAGCUUUGGUUCAGCAAAGAGAUUCAAGUUUGGAGCAAAAUCAAGCGGCUUGCAGUCUCAAGGGUGUCGACAAAUAGAUCAUUUCUUUAGGAAGGCAAAUGAUAAUUAGGUCAUAACUGUAUAUUUUUUUUGUUAUCGUAUUGUAAAAGAAAGAACAUACGACAAGCCAUGAGUGUAGAACCUACCUAUCUCAUCCUUGCGAAUGAUCUAAGACAACCCGGAAAUGAAAGAAUCAUACCAACUUGAAAGCAUAGGGAAAAUUUUAAGGUCAUGAAUGUAUAUUGGAUGGAAUUUUGGGUUUUCUAGCAAAAUUUUAUGUAGCCAUUCCUAGUGCAUUUAGACAUGGCAAAGGGGUGUAGAAGGGCACAAUUAUUGUCCCUAUAUGCUUCCAUUACAGUUGGGGACUUAAAAUGUAAAUAGCAUGGAAUGAAAACUUGAAGUUCUAAAGAGUUUUCUAAUUUAAGUUUCUUGUA